AAUUUCCGGUUUGUGGAGACGAUGCAAUUUUUGUAGAAUUGAAGAUAGAGUUCUGUCGAUUUCUCAGAAAAAAUGUCUGAUUUAGCAAAAGAGAAAGCACGUCUCCUGAAGAAGCGUGGAAGUUUGUCUUCUCUAGGCAGUCAUGAAGUCAGAGCUAUUGGCAAAACUAAAGACUCUAUUAGCACUUUGUCCUACAUGGAAGAGCAUGGACAUCAUGAUGAUAUCCAACGGCCUACAGUACAGAUGGAGAACACCUAUCGCAUCACCCCAUCUAGACGCUUCCCAGUUUUAACAGUGAAGGACCUCCUGAAGGAUGUGUUGACCAGCUACCUGCAGGAGGAGAAAUAUGAAACUGAGUUGUGCAGACAGAUGACCAAAACCAUCACGGAGGUUGUCAAGGCCAGAGUGAAAGAUUUGAUGAUUCCUCGCUAUAAGAUCAUAGUCGUCAUCAGCAUUGGCCAGAUUAAAGACCAGAAUAUACGCAUGGGGAGUCGAUGUCUCUGGGAUGACAAUCAUGACAAUUUCUCUUCACAUAUUUUCAAAAAUAACUCACUCUUUGCUGCUGCUACCGUUUUUGGUGUUUAUUUUGAAUGAAUGAGUCUUUCAGAAUGUCUGUGGGGUUUUAGUGUCUAGUGAUUUUCAGUGAUUUUUCAGCCAGUGACAUAUUUACAUAAUAUUGAUUGGUCAUUUCUGGUUUGGGUAAAUGGCCUUUAAAAUUUCUUUGUGAUGCUACAAAUAAACGAAUUUAAACCAAA